AAAAGAGUAUUGCAUGGGGUUGAAGGGUAAUUGGCAACGAGGUGAUGACAUUUGUUCUGUUUGUCAUUAUGGGGUGGCAUGAACUCUGGCUCUUAUAGAGUGUUCCAGAUGGUGCCUAGUUCUGCCCAUCAUGUUAUUGUGGAAUUUGUGGCCAAAGCAAGUUCAAGGAAGUUGAUGAAAAUUCUGUUGAUGAUAGAGUUGUCUGCUGUAGCCAGUGCGAGCACAAUUAUAGGUGAGAAUAGUAGUGGCACCAAGGAACAGGUUUCUCUUGUCAAGUAUUAUAAGCAAAGGAGGAAAUUUGCCAGUGUUGCUCCAAGUGACAGAAGUGGUAGUGCCAAACAACAGAUGCCUCUUCUCAAGGGGAAAUUUGCUAGUAUUGGUCCAGGUGACAGUAGCAGUGGUACUAAACCACAGGCUCAUCUUCUCAAGAACUACUAUAAGCGAAAGAGGAAAUUUUCUAUUAUCAAACCACACGUUCCACUUCUCAAGUUCUUUAACUCCGAAGGAGGAAAUUUUCCAUUAUUGAUCCUGGCGGUACCAAAGAACAUUUUGGCAUGUGUUGCCCUUCACAAGAACCGUAAGCGAGGGAGGAAAUCAGCCAGUGAGAGCUGAGUUCUGUUUCAUUUCCACAGACUAUUGCUAAAUCACAUCAAAUUGUUUCACUUCAAGCUACUCCUAACAGUGUUUUUGUAGAUAGGUUAAACUUUCAUUUUGUACGGACACACGCACAAUGGCACUUGUCAAACUCAGUUCAUACUUAGGUAUGUAAUAAUUUUGGAGACGUAGAUGUGUAUGUAAUUGGUUCAAUUCCAUAAACUUAAACUUUGGUA